AUGAAAUUUGUUGUAUCACUAGCAGAUGUGAAGGUACAGUGGUGGAGUUUGAGCGCGGGUAGUCCUUAUCUUAUCAAAGCCACUCCACCUCGCCAACAUCUCUUCUUGCUGGAAAAGACUGAAGAACAACUGUCAGCGCAGUGGUGGGUGAUAAAGCUCGAAGAUGGAGGGAAGGUCCUCCUUCAUUCUCAUACCUUCAACAUAUUUGACGACCCCGUCAGUCGCAUCUUCAGCCUCGACAAUUCCAAUAGCCGUCUAGCCCUGCUGAGAAAACAUUUUGGUUUGUCGAGGGAGGAUUCCGGUUGUACAAUUCCUUCCCACCUUGCCCAUGUCACUCAACUUCAACAAUCCCGAUACCUAGCUAGCCACCCUUCCCUUCGUGCAACACACUUGACACACCUUCCCACCACCAAACCUCACCUCUCUCAAACAAAUUCCAUAUCUUCGACAUUCAAAUCCUCGGUCAUAUACUCUUCCGUCGUGUUUGAAAUCGGCCUCGGUCGAUCGCCAAACAGCCACUUGAUCUCCGAAACACGCCUUGCUCGCCAUGCAGAGGAGGUUUUUACCAAGUGUUUUGAGAACAGAGUGGCCGAGGUAGCGCUAAUUGUGAUGUAUUUUUGUAGCACGGAAUGGAGUACAAAAGGUGGGAGUGCCCACCUAGAUGGACAAUUGAUUGAUGUGAUGGCGAUUUCGACCCGAAACAGUGGCCUCGAAUUUCGAGCAAACUAUACUUUGGACUUGGAUAAAGCCUUGAUGAAGCGAGAUCAGGAAUCUUCCACUUGCAGUUCAAGCAAGUUUUUCCGGCGUCGUUUCACCUGUCACUUCCACACACUCACAUCUCCUUCAAAAUAUGCAUUAGCAAGAUUAACAAUGCAAAUAUAUUUCCUAUUCCGUUUUUCCAUCUAUGCAACCUGUCACAUCUUCAGCCAAGCCAAGCAUGACACGAAAGGGUCUUUCAUAAUUCCUUCAUUCUCCGAACCAAAGCCAAACGCCACCAGAGGGCAUGAGCAUGCACAUGCACCUAUCAAGAAUGAGAACACUUGGACAAUGAAGAAAAGCGAGGAAAUCUAGAGAAACGACAUUUGAGGGUAUCUGCUAUCAUCUCUGCACCAACCUCAGAUCACAGAACGCAUACUUCCAUCUGCAGUGGAAUCGCAAUGUCGGUUGUCGCUUAGUUCUUCCCUCCCUUGGCCACCUCUCCGAUCUGCUGAGCAGCCGCCUGGUUGGCCUCGUUGUUCUGGUUAACGUUCUCAACGUUUUGUGCGUCCUGGAGCUCCGCCUGCCACGCCGCGGCAAUGCUGGCAGCAGGGUCCUCAACCACAGAUGACCAGGUUGGCUUGUCACCAAAAAGCUGAACGCCAGCAGUGGCAGUCGGGAUGGCGG